AUGUUGUAUUUUUAUAGCCUUAAUUUAAAGCUCAAAUCGUUAACAUAGUUAUUUAGGGCUUAUAGUUAACACUAGAAUUUCUAAUAUUAUGUAUAUGCUAUCUAUAAUUUUACCAAAUUUUUAACAUUAAAAGUUUACUAAACAAUACCAAUUAAAUGUGGUCCAUACUUAGUUGAUCCAAAGGAUAUAGCAUAUGAAGUAGUUGGAGUAAAGUAAGUGGACGACACGAUGUCAAAGAUUAAUUUGUGAU